GGUAUCGUAGGUAGCCCAGUGCGAAGAAACAGAUCGGUUUCGCGGUAUAAAUACACUGUGAUCAGUUCGGCAUCUAUUCUGGCUGCUGUAUAUUAACGCAUUGAGCAUUAGGACGCGUUAAUCCGGUAGCGCUGAACAUGCUUCUGCUGCGUACAGUGAGCCUCAGCCCGGCUUCCUGCGGUGCUGCUCUCCGCUUUCCCACCUCCUUAGCCGGGUGUAAACGGCCGUUUGGCGUAGCAGCAUUGCAGAAUGCCCGUCUCUAUGCAAGCCAGGCUGCGGAGGCAGUUCUGGAGAAGCCGGCGGUUGCCAGCGACACCGUUGCUAAGGCCGCAGCUGAGAAGAAACCGGUCGGCCUGGAAUCCAAGUCCUUUGCUGUAAACAUGUUCAAGGGUCAGAUAAGCACUGCCCAGGUCUUUCCCUUCCCUUCAGUGCUAAAUGAGGAGCAGUCAGAGUUCAUCAGAGAGCUGGUUGGCCCUGUCUCCAGAUUCUUCACUGAGGUCAACGAUCCCAUGAAGAAUGAGAACCUGGAGAUGGUGGAGGAGACCACCAUGGCGGGGCUGAAGGAGAUGGGGGCCUUUGGUCUGCAGGUUCCCACAGACCUGGGGGGGCUCGGUCUCAACAACACGCAGUACGCCCGGCUGGUGGAGAUCGUGGGCAUGCACGACCUGGGCGUGGGAAUCACCCUCGGCGCCCACCAGUCCAUCGGCUUCAAGGGAAUCCUGCUGUUCGGCAACAAGGCCCAGAAGGAGAAGUACCUCCCCAAGCUGGCCUCGGGUGAGCACGUGGCCGCCUUCUGCCUGACGGAGCCGGCGAGCGGCUCGGACGCGGCGUCGAUCAAGACGACGGCCGUGCCCUCGCCCUGCGGGAAGUACUAUACCCUGAACGGGAGCAAGAUCUGGAUCAGCAACGGCGGCCUGGCUGAGAUCUUCACCGUGUUCGCCAAGACUGCGGUGAAGGACGAGAAGACCGGGGAGAUGAAGGACAAGAUCACGGCGUUCAUUGUGGAGAGGGGCCACGGCGGUGUGACGAGUGGCCCCCCAGAGAAGAAGAUGGGCAUCAAGGCGUCCAACACGGCUGAGGUGUACUUCGACGGCGUGCGCGUGCCGGCCGAGUGCGUGCUGGGCGAGGUGGGCGGCGGCUUCAAGGUGGCCAUGAACAUCCUGAACAACGGGCGCUUCGGCAUGGCGGCGGCACUGGCGGGCACCAUGAAGGGCGUCAUCGCCAAGGCGGUGGACCACGCUGUCAACAGGACACAGUUUGGCAACAAGAUCCACAGCUAUGGCAUCAUCCAGGAGAAGAUGGCGCGCAUGGCAAUGCUGCACUAUGUCGCUGAGUCCAUGGCCUACAUGGUAAGCGGCAACAUGGACAGCGGGGCCUCGGAGUUCCAGAUCGAGGCCGCCAUCAGCAAGAUCUUCGCCUCCGAGGCGGCCUGGGGCGUGACGGACGAGUGCAUCCAGAUACUGGGAGGCAUGGGCUUCAUGAAGGAAGCGGGCGUGGAGCGGGUGAUGAGGGACCUGAGAAUAUUCCGGAUCUUCGAGGGGACCAACGACAUCCUGCGGCUGUUCGUGGCGCUCAACGGCUUCCAGAAUGCUGGAAAUCAGCUGAAGGGCCUGCAGAAGGCGCUGAAGAACCCAGUUGGUAACCUGGGACUGCUGACAGGAGAGAUCGGCAAAAGGGUUAGGAGGAAGGCGGGUCUGGGUUCAGGGCUCACGCUGCAGGGGACCGUGCAUCCGGAUCUUGCCCAGAGCGGGGACCUGGUGGUGAAGGCCAUCGAGCAGUUCGGCCUCACCGUGGAGGAGCUGCUGCUGAAACACGGCAAGAAGAUCAUCGAUGAACAGCUGGUGCUGCAGAGGGUGGCGGACGGAGCCAUCGACCUCUACGCCAUGGUGGUCGUGCUCUCUAGGGCUUCCCGCUCGUUGAGUCAGGGUCUCCCCUCCGCCCAGCAUGAGAAGAUCCUGUGUGAGACCUGGUGUGUGGAGGCCCAUGACAGGAUCAUGAAGAACAUGAAGGAGCUCAGGUCCAGCUCUAGCAAACAGAUCUACAGAAACAUCAAAAACAUCUCCGCAGCACUGGUGGAGAACGGGGGAGUCGUGACCCCAAACCCCCUGGGCUUCUAAUGCGCACACACACACACACACACACACACACACACACACAGAGUGCCUGUCCUGUGUGUGGUCACACUGUGUACACACACUCUGACUUGCUUCUUGGACAGUGUGCGUUUAGGUGAAGAUGGAAUCUGUUGGGUUUUAAUGAGGUCUGAGUUUGGUCUGGAUCUGGAGAAACUGAAGGAGUUGUAUGAUAUAUAAAUAUUUACUAAUGUUAUGCUGUUAUGAAUAAAGGGAAGUUGUUUUUGGUAAGCAUUACCGUGCUGUAACGUUUUUAAAAGCAGGUACACAGAUUUGCUUGGUAAUCCUCUAAACGUUUUUUCGGAAAGUCAUAUCAUGCAUUUUUUUUGUUUACCAGAAUUGAAGCUAAUUUUGUGUCUGUGGCUAAUCUCCAGCACGUUCUCUCAGCCCUCCAAAGGAAUCUCCCUCCCUCUGUUUCUGCGGCUGCUGGGCUCUGUCCAAAUGCCCUUUAACCUUUUUUGUUACAAAACUAGAGGUCAGAGGUUAGCCCAGUGUUUUUCAGCCUUGGGGUCGCGCCCCCACGUGGGGUGCCCUGAAAUGUCUAGUAGUUGAUUUAAAAAAAAAUAAAAAAUACUGAUACAUUUUUUUUUUCAACUAAUUAUUAUUCUUUUAAAAAUUAUGAUUAAAACACCACAUACAAUCUUAGACAACUGUAUUUUUUCACGUUCAUAAAUAUCAAUAAAUAUGAGUUCAAAUAAAAUGAUCACGAUCACCUGAUGAGCUACUGGAGUUUCCCUCGCUUGUCUAAAGAGUAAAGAAAGUUGCAGCCAGAACAGAAAAGCAAAAGGGAAAGAUUUCUUUGCCCGCCUGGCACCGUAAAGACAGUUAGAGAACUGGAGAAACAGACAUCAGAAAGACAGAGAAAAUACGACGAAAGUUUCCUUCAAUAUGGAUUUACUAGCAUCAUUGAAAGCGAUGAAGAAAGGCAGGAAUGUUUGCUGUGUGGUAACGUCUUGUCUGCCUGUAUUAAGUCGAAGUGCCGUUCCCGACUGGAUGUUACGUCAGUGAUGAGAUGCGCUCUGUCUACUACAGCACCUGACUUUGAAAGGCUGCAGCGAGGUGUUAAGGCUCAGCCACCCCAUUAAAUGUGGUGAGUUGAGAGAGACAAUAAUACUACACACUGUGGCCAGUUUAAGAUAUUGCAGUAGCUCUUUUUUUUCCCAUAGGCCUAAUUCAUUAAGGAAUUGUUCAGUAUUAAUUUUCAGCCUUGUAAAGACAAGCUCGCCUAACUGUACAUGUGAUGAGGGGAAGUAAAAUGUGACUUUGUGCACUAAUCUGGCUACUCUGUAUUUGCAACACGGUAUAACAAAAAUGAUCAAAAACUAAUUGUAGGGAAAAAAAAUGUAUAUGGGGUCGGCGGAAUUUUUGUGAUGUCAAAAUGGGGUCACUGGCCAAAAAAGGUUGGGAACCACUGGGUUAGCGAGAUGAGAGAAACGUCCUACUCUGCCCUCAACGUGGGAGGAAUGUGCCGCAUAACCGGGGAUUACUCAAGCUGAACGAAGCAGUGUUUAUCAUUGUUACUCAUGUGUCUUAUGCUACUUACUUAAUCGUUAUCUAUUUGUUCACCAUCCUGGAAACAGGAACUGAUGGAACCGUUUUAUUUAGGCAGUAACGCCUGCUCUGGCCAUUCAGCUGCUGUAAUGUCUAAUUACUGUUUAAAAAAAUUACCGUCCCUGAUCAGUUACGUGUCCAGCAGCUGAACUCCCAUUGUAGCAUGUAAACAGUUCAGCGUGUGAAUAUGCUAAUAUCCCUCCAGCUGUUCUGUCUUUCAGUUGCAUUUCUAGUAAACUAUCCUGCAUCC